GGGUAUUCCUGCUGUAAGGCGAGCGUCUCGGAGAGAGUAGCAUGUUAGCAUGUUACGUCACGUCAAGUGGUUUAAAUCUGUUAGCUGACAUUUCUUAGCGUGUUGGGAGACGGAAACGUGACAGAUUUCAUUUGUAAUAAAAUUGAACACCGUUAUUGUAUGAGCGUUAGUGCAUCAUUAGGAAAAGUUAAUCUAAUAACCGUGUAGUGUAACCGUCUCGUGAGGUUAGUGUUAGCAAUGGGGCGCAAAAAACAGUUUCAGGCCGAGCGACAAGCCAACAGAGGCAAAGACAAGAGACACAAAAUGAAAGGAAAGUCUCUGGAAACUUUCACAGAAGAAAUGCAGGAGGCUUUGGAAGCGAGUAAAAGUGCAGAGUCCGAAGAGGCGGCAGUGUGUGUGAAGUUGCCGUGUCCUCUGGCCAUGUGGGAACUGGGUCACUGCGACCCGAAGCGCUGUACCGGACGCAAACUGGCACGGAAAGGCCUGGUGCGCUGCCUCCGACUCAACCAGCGCUUUAACGGCCUCGUCCUCAGCCCCAUGGGCACCAAAUACGUUACACCAGCUGACAGGGAGAUUGUUGCCGAGGGCGGAAUUGCGGUGAUCGACUGUUCGUGGGCGCGGCUGGAGGACACGCCUUUCAGCAAGAUGAUUGGCUCACACCCGCGGCUGCUGCCUUAUUUGGUGGCGGCAAAUCCCGUGAACUAUGGCAAGCCGUGCAAGCUGAGCUGUGUUGAGGCCUACGCAGCCACCUUCAGCAUUGUAGGUUUUCAGGACCUGGCUGUGCUCCUGCUAAGGAAGUUUAAGUGGGGUUUGGGUUUCCUCGAGCUGAAUAAAACACUUCUACAGCAGUACGCCACCUGCAAAUCAGAGGAGGAGCUGCUCACGGUGGAGAAAGAGUACCUCACCUCCACUCCCUCAGAGGAGGAAGAGUUAGAUCCUUUUGAUGUGGACUCGGGGAGAGAGUGUAUGAACCUCAACAGACCUCUCCGAGUGGAAGAAGACGACAUUGAAAGUGGCGAGGCGUCUGAAGAAGAAGAGGAGGAGGAAUCUAAAGAAGAAGAGGAAGAGGAGGAGGAAUCUGAAGAAGAAGAAGAGGAAGAAGAGUCUGAAGAUGUGAUAAAAGAGAAGCAGAAGUGAAGAAAAGGAGUCAUGCUGAAAUGCAAACACAAGUGUCUGUGUGCGUCCCAAACUGCUAGAGCUUGAGCAGAGCGGCUUUUAGAUUCAGUGACUGGGAAGAGUGGUGAAGAAAAACCGUGUUUAUGGAAUGUGUAAGGUACAGGAUGGAGUGUGUGUCGCUGGUGCAUCACAGAGAAUGAUGUGCUGAUUUUCAGCCUGAGGAGUGAGACAGAGGUAAUGAAUUAACACACAAGGCAGAUCUGGAAAGUUCUAGAAAAUGGUCAUGCAAGUCUGUUUUAGACUCUUGAGUUGAACUGGAAAUUCUUGACCUUUUAUCAGUCUGUAAUCUCUCUCUCCCUCACACACACACACACACACUGUCACACUGUCAGGUCAGAGAAUUCCCAGUUUGCAACCCCAAGUCUUCUUGUCAGUACAAAAACUGCCACUUGUAUCAAACGUAAUAAAAUUAGCGUCUUUCAGGAAAACAGACAUUCAGCAUUCGGACAAUUGUCUGAUCACGCUGUGUUUAGGAAUGAAGAUCAGUCAGAGACUGGUGUCUUCAAUCACUCUUACACUACCAGCUCUUUAAACAGCUGGAAUCCUGUACUAUAAUGCAAUUAUAUUUCUUUCUUA